AGAACUAACCUGGCAACCCCGCUGCCGGUCUGUUCAGUAGUUACUGAGAGGAAGAUGGUGGACUUGAUGAUAGCAGCGUGCUCAAAACUCCGUCCCAAACACUUUGGCAAAUACUUAAUAUCUCAACCUGGUAUUAGAUAUAGAUUACCCGGGGACAAUCAUAGAUAAUACAUUCUGAAAAGCGUUGAGGAAAGUGACUUUUCCUGCCGCCGGACAACUCUUUAUCGCAAGAGUGAAGAAAGGAAAGCGGGGAGUCGCGCAGCGUGCUGCGGGUCGGUGGUGCUGGUAAACGGCGCUAGCCAAAGUGUCAACAAAACGAGUGGAAAGAAGGUUGAAUUGUGGGAGCUUUUUUUUUUUUUCUUCAAACCACGGAGACCAAUCAUCAACCCUGUGCUGCUGCUGCUGCCGCUGCUGCCGCCUUCACAGCAGCUGUCAAACCUGCGAGGACAAGACUUUGACAGGCUAACUGUAGCUGGCUAACCUGAGCUAGCUUUGUUGUGAACCGUGGAUCAAAAUGCCUCGGAGUAAAAAAGGGAAACGUGGCUCCGGCAAGCCGGGGUCCCUUCGUCAGGAGGUUCUCCAGCUGCAGCUGUCGGCUAAAGCCUCGCUGAAAGGUUUAAAAAAUGGUGUAAAAGGAGAGUCGGGCGCCAGCGAUGAUGAGCUGACGUCUGAUGUACUCAGCCACUACAGCAGUGCCAGCGAAACGACAUCCGUGCUGGAAGAAGGCACAGGAGGGGAGCAGGUGGAUGAGCAGACUGCACAGGAGGAAACCGAAGACAAACUCAAACAGUGUAUAGACAACCUGAUGGAUAAGAGCGCUAAGACACGUCUAGCAGGUCUCGAGUCGUUGCGACAGGCCUUCUCCUCAAGACUGCUGUACGACUUCCUGACCGAGAGACGCCUCACCGUCAGCGACUGCCUGGAAAGGAGCCUUAAAAAAGGCAGUGGAGAGGAGCAGGCAGCAGCAGCCACGGUCUUCUCCCUGCUCUGUAUCCAGCUGGGGGGUGGCGAUGAGGCAGAGGAGGGUUUCAAGAUGCUUCGGCCAAUCCUCACCGCCAUUCUGAUGGACAACAGCGCCAGCAUAGCAGCCCGCCAGAGCUGUGCCAGAGCUUUGGGGAUGUGCUGUUACGUCUCUGCUGCUGAAGACGGAGAGGACUUGAUCAAGUCACUGGCUCUUCUGGAGAGCGUGUUCAUGUCUUCCUACCCCAACAGAGAGGGAACACUGCCCACACCCAAACCCGGCACUUCAGGCCUCCACACCGCCGCCCUGCAGGCUUGGUCGCUGCUGGUCACCCUCUGUCCUGCUUCUAGACUGACUGUGCUGCUCGACCUUCACCUUCCCAAACUCCAGGCGUGUCUUGAGAGCAGUGAUGUCAACUAUAGGAUUGCAGUGGGAGAGACCAUCGCCCUGCUGGUGGAGCUGGGGCGGGAUAUAGAUGAGGGAUUCGAGGUGGACGACAGUGAGAGUUUGUGUCAGUGUCUGAAGAGUUUAGCCACAGAUGGCAACAAGCACCGAGCCAAGAACGACAGGCGGAAACAACGCUCCAUCUUUAGAGAGGUGCUACAUUACAUAGAGAACGAAGACUUCACAGAGGAGAAGAUCAGAUUUGGAGUAGAGGGCGUUUACAUCGACAGCUGGAUGAGGAGAAGAAUCUAUGAUGCCUUCAAAGAGAUCAUGGAGUCCGGCGUCCGACAUCAUCUACAGUUCAACCCACUACUGAGAGACAUCUUUGGCCUCGGCCCUCCACUCAUCCUGGACGCUACAGUCAAAGGCAACAAGAUCUCUCGAUUUGAGAAGCAUCUCUUCAACUCAGCUGCCUUCAAGGCCAGGACUAAACAGAGGAACAAAGUCAGGGACAAACGGGCCGACGUCAUGUAAGAGAAGGGCGAGGAUGGAGUACGAGUAAGCGAGGAACUCCCUGAGCUGCAUUGAGACUGAUGCAAAAUGAUGCCUUCAGCUGUCAGACACACAAAGACUCGACAAACUCUAAACAGGGCUUUUUCACUUGUGCAAAUUAUAAUCUCCAAAUAUUCAAGAUGGCAUUGAUAACAUUUACUCUUAGCUCCCACAGCCGAAGGUGAGAUUGCUCCUCAUAGCAGGCUCGUGCUUUUCACUCAUUUUUGCAUUAAAGUGGAUCCCAACUGUACGAUGCUAAACCUCUUUUAUGUGGGAUUAAAACAAUUACACAGGAGAGUAAACACAAGAAAUAUGAGGUCUUUUAUCCAUUUUAUCAAGAACAUACAGACAGUAAAGUAUUAAGUCUGUUUGAUUGUAGGAUCCAGAUAUUUUUAAACCUUUAUGGAGAUCAGUGAAAGCCUUCCAUGAAACUCUCUUUGGUGCUGAUGCAUAUUGUUUUUGAUACUCUUGAACUGCUGCUCUGUGGGUUGACAGUAAAAUCCAGUCCUUUUUUUAAAAAAAUCCUAAUUUCAGUAUCCACAUGAUGCCACUCUUCAAGGAACGUAAACCAGUCCUGAUUAAUCUCUGAAGUUUAAUGUUCGAGCAUCCAUGUCUAUAACAAAAAAAGCAAAAAAUAGAGCCAUGGAAAUAUUCUGUAAACUCUCCUCUGCUCUGGGACCCCCCAUGAUUCCUCGUUAUUCCCCUCAGUCGUCCUCUGUUUCUACACCCAGAGUGGCUCCUUCAGCUGCCAAACCAGAAACUGACUUUACAAAACAAUGCAAGCUAAAAGAAAAUGUGUGUGGUGUUUUGCGUGAGUGUGUUUUAUUUGAAUUUUUAUUUAACAUCAUGAAAUAAAACACCAUAUAAACAAGAAGAUGCCUGAUUAAAAUAAGAAAACAAAGAGUUAAUGUUGUCAUCUUUGUAUUACAACUUUUUUGAGAGGAAAAAUACGUUUUAACCUUUUCUGGUGGGUAAUUGUAUUUGACUUUCUAAUUUAUUAAAACAGCAGUACUGUGUGAUUUUUAAGGAAUUUAAAAAUGCUAAGAACUGUUUACAGACACAAUUAUGGGAUGAUGAUGAUGAUAAGAAUUUCUUUUUUCAUGUAUAUUUUUAAUGUGGGUUGGUGGGUCACACAAUCUAUCCAUGUGUAUGUACUGCAGAUCGACUGUACAUAGGGAUUUAUGGAAAGAUGUGUACUUGAAUCAUUAGAUAUUUUUGAAUGACUUUCCCUAUGAUGAGAAGUAAAUACAUACAGGCCACUAACCAGAGCUGCUGAUCAGAAGAGUUUGGUGUUGGUAACGGUGGUCAGGUUGGCAUCUAAAAUUCAGUCAACACUUUUACUGUUUUAUUGAUUAUAAUGAAUUGAAGCACAUUUAACAACUGUAAAUUUCAGUAACUUGGUAAAAACGUCAAAAUCAGCUGUCACGUUUUCCUGCCGCCUCACCAAACGGUGUUAUCAGUGGUUCUGGUGCUGCAGCACAUAGACGAACGAUGGAUCAAAUAUAAUAAAGAUUAUUUGAGCACUU